AUGGAUCCACCAAUAAAUUCAACGGCGACGACGACACUCGACGCUGUAGCUUCAGCUUCAGCCUCACCAAUACCAGUCCGGACACCAGGUCAUGGCCACAAUCCAGUCGUUGCCUUCAUGAUUGGCCUGUCCAUCAUACUCCUUGCAUCUAUAAUGAACGCUGCUGGAUUAAACUUGACGAAAUAUGACCAUGUGAGGAUGAGUGCCUUACCCAAGUCGGAACGAAGAAAAGACUGGAUGAGGCCCAUCUGGUUGCUCGGAAUGUUGCUUUACAUUUUAUCACAACUCAUUGGAAGUACAUUGGCACUCGAAUACAUGAGGGCAGAAUACGUUGCACCCUUGGGGUCCUCGUCCCUCGUGUUCAACUUUUUGUUCGCUAGAUUCCUAGUCGGAACACCAGUAACCAAAAGCGACAUAUGGGGAACCAUAGUCGUUGUACUCGGUGUUAUUGGAAUCGUCGCAUUCGGCUCCAUCAAUAGCGGUCUCUCCCAAGAAACGGACGCCGCCCAUCUCACCGAGCUCUGGAGACGCGGUGGUUGGCUGGGCUAUUUCUUCUUCAUGGGCGGAGCGCUCUAUCUCGUACUCGUAUUCACCUCUUGCCUUGACGCUGUCCUUGCCGCCCGUGGAGAUCUUAACAACACUAGACCGGCUACUGGACAACGUCCGACCUUUGGUAGCGCCCCUGCAAAGAGAUUGGGCUUUGUGGGCAAGGUCGUGGGGUUCUUCAAAACUGUGAAGGCGAUGUGGGACUGGGGCAUGUCAUGGAUUAUGGACUGGGUGGAGCACUGGGCAGGUCCAAAAGACGACAAGCAGAUUGCAUGGACGUUGGGUAUCGGCUGGGCUUGUUGUGGAGGCGGGCUUGCUGGAGGGUGUCUGGUGUUCGCCAAAGCGACUGUGAAAUUAAUCUCCGGAUCGCUAUCGAAAGUGAAUACGGGCAACCAGUUCGGCCAUGCUUCGUCCAUUUUCACGAUCAUCUUCCUCGCAAUUACAGCUGUGAUGCAAAUCCUCUGUCUCAACAGAGGUCUUCGUGUAUAUGACUCCACACUCGUCGUACCCGUUUUCUACGGAGUGUAUACUGCAACUGGAUUCCUGAACUCCUUGAUUUUCAAUAACGAAGUCGAAUCAUACCAAUCCUGGACCCUCUUCCUCAUCUUCGUCUCCAUCUCUGUCCUGGUCUCAGGCGUUGUGCUCCUCACGCACAAGAAACCCGAGCCUGUCACCACCCGCAUCCGUGGGGCAGCGACACCACGCACCGGCCUCCCCACGUCCGAUUCCACCAGACGAAGACGAAGAACGCAUCUCCCCGGCGACGCCGAUGACGAAGAGAUGCAGAUGCAUACCUCAGAGUUGGCAGGGAAGAAGACGGGGGAGAGUGAGCGGCUGUGGGCGGUGGGUGAAGUGAGUGAUAGCGACGAGGGAGAUGAUCCGGAUAUAGAUCAUCAUUUGCAUCCUAUGAAUCGGUCGCCGCUUCAAAGGCGGAAUAGUCAUGGGCAUACGAAUGGGUCGGUGCAGAAGACGAGGUCGGGAGGGGAUUCGGAGGUUACUGGGCUGAUGGCGGGCGAAACGGAGGAGGAUGAUGGGGAUGCUGCUGAUAGGGAGGACAGUAGCAGUGACCCAGAGAUGGCCAGGAUGAAGGAUAAAGUCAAGGGGAAGGGAAAGGGAAAGGUUGGAAGGCGGAGAUCGAUGGACCCGUUCAGAGAUGAGGGAGUAGACGAGGAGAGCGAGUUGGAGGUGUUUGGGAUGUCGAAGGGUGACCAGGGGAAGCUUCGGUAG